CACCAUGGCUUCAGAUCUGGGGCUGGUUGUGAUUCUGCUAUGGACUAUAUCUCUACAGGCUGUGGGCUCCACGGGAACUAACAGUAACGAAGUGAACCUUCUCGACACGACGUCCAUCAGCGGAGACUGGGGCUGGCUGACGUACCCGUCACAUGGGUGGGAUGCCAUUAAUGAGAUGGAUGAGUACUUCACUCCCAUCCACACAUACCAGGUCUGUAACGUGAUGAGCCCCAGUCAGAACAACUGGGUGAGGACGGGCUGGCUCCCCAGAGAAGGAGCCCGGAGGAUCUACAUUGAGGUCAAGUUCACCCUGAGAGACUGCAACAGCAUGCCGGGGGUCCUGGGCACCUGCAAGGAAACCUUCAACCUGUACUACUACGAGUCCGACAGGGCGGUGGGCUCAGCGGUGCGGGAGAACCAGUUUAUUAAGAUCGACACCAUCGCUGCUGACGAGAGUUUUACAGGCGUGGACCUGGGGGUCCGCAGACUCAAACUCAACACUGAGGUGCGAGGCGUUGGCCCGUUGUCCAAACGAGGUUUCUAUCUGGCCUUCCAGGACAUCGGCGCCUGCAUCGCUCUCACCUCGGUGCGAGUUUACUACAAACGCUGCGCCGGUGUGAGCCGUAACCUGGCGGUGUUCACGGACGUAGUGACGGGGGCCGACUCCUCCUCUCUGGUGGAGGUCAGAGGUCAGUGUGUGGAUCACGCCGAGGAGAGGGACACGCCCAAGAUGUACUGCAGCGCCGAGGGAGAGUGGCUGGUUCCCAUCGGGAGGUGUGUGUGCUCCGCUGGGUUCGAGGAACACCGAGACUCCUGCGUUGCCUGUGAGAUGGGUUUCUAUAAGCCGGUGGCGGGCGAUGGCCUUUGUGGAAAAUGUCCUCAACACAGCCACUCGGAGACCAGAGCCGCCCUGACCUGCCCCUGCGACUCCAACUACUAUCGAGCGGCGGACGACCCAGUAGCGGCUCCAUGCUCCCGCCCUCCAACUGCUCCGGUUAACGCCAUCUCCUCUGUCAAUGGAACGUCUGUGAAUUUGGAGUGGGAUCGCCCUCUGGACACAGGAGGACGCAGCGACCUGAAGUACAGCGUGUUGUGUCGGAAAUGUUCAGGGGAAGGAGGGACCUGUGAGGAUUGUGCGUCUUCCCCCGGAGGCGCCAGUGGAGGGAAGGGAGGCGGAGGGCCGGGCCUGGGGUUCGGAGGCAUGGUGGAGCGUCUGGGCUCUGCAGCGAUUCGAUUCGUUCCCCGGCAGAGUGGGUUGACGGAGCCCUGGGUGACGGUGCUCAACCUGGUGGCUCACACCAACUACUCCUUCUGUCUGCAGGCCAUGAACGCAGUGACGCAUCUGAGCAACCAGCCUUCCCCUUACGCCACGGUCAACAUCACAACGAACCAGGCAGCCCCCUCUGAAGUGUUAGCGAUCCGCCAGGAGAACACCAGUCAGAACAGCGUGAUUCUGAUGUGGCACGAACCCAACCGGCCCAACGGAGUGAUCCUGGAGUACGACGUCAAGUACUAUGAGAAGGAUAAUGAAGCCCACAGCUACUCCACUCUGAAGUCUAUAAACACCAGCGCUCGAGUGUCAGGGCUGAAGCCGGGAACUAAGUACAUCUUCCAGGUCCGAGCCAGAACGUCAGCAGGCUGCGGACACUUCAGCCCAAAUGUGGAGAUCCAGACUGGGAAAGCAGCUCCUCUGCGCUACAAAACCAUGACCAUCAUCUGGAUCUGCAUGGCCUUGGUGUCCGCCCUGGUCACCUGCAUGGCCAUCAUCAUCUGCAGGAAACGGCAAGGCUACACUUUACCACACUACCCAUCGCUGCUACACUGUGGUUACAGUAAAGCCUUCCAGGACUCUGAUGAGGAGAAGAUGCAUUACCAGAACGGUCACGUGUCGUUCCCUGACGCGAGGUUUUAUAUCGACCCGCACACAUACGAGGACCCCUGCCAGGCGGUCCACGAGUUCGCCCGAGAAAUUGAAGCUUCCAGGAUCAAAAUAGAGAAAAUCAUUGGCUCAGGUGAAUUUGGGGAGGUGUGUUAUGGACGUAUGAGACUCCCGGGGAAAAGAGACAUCCCAGUGGCGCUGAAGACCCUGAAGGCGGGAUACACGGAGAAGCAAAAGAGGGACUUCCUGGCAGAGGCGUCCAUCAUGGCUCAGUUCGACCAUCCUAACGUCAUCCGCCUGGAGGGGGUAGUAACCCAAAGCAAACCAGCGAUGAUCAUCACAGAGUACAUGGAGAACGGCUCCCUGGACUCCUUCCUCAGGAGACACGACGGGCAGUUCACCAUCAUCCAGCUGGUGGGGUUGCUGCGUGGCAUCGCGGCCGGUAUGACCUACCUGUCUGAACUGGGCUACAUCCACAGAGACCUGGCGGCACGCAACAUCCUGGUCAACAGCAACCUGGUGUGUAAGGUGUCUGACUUCGGCCUGUCCAGAGUGCUGGAGGACGACCCCGACGCUGCAUACACCACCAGUGGCGGGAAAAUCCCGAUCCGCUGGACGGCCCCGGAGGCCAUCGCCUUCAGGAAGUUCUCCUCCUCCAGCGACGUGUGGAGCUAUGGCGUGGUGAUGUGGGAGGUGAUGUCCUACGGAGAGCGACCGUACUGGAACCUCACCAACAGAGACGUGAUCAAAUCUGUGGAGGAGGGCUACAGGCUGCCCGCUCCGAUGGGCUGCCCGGGUCCUAUGCACACGCUCAUGCUGGACUGCUGGCAGAAGGAACGCAGCGAGAGGCCGCGUUUCUGCCAGAUAGUCACCGUUCUCGACAAGCUAAUCCGAAACCCAGAGAACCUGAAGACUAUGGACACGCUCUGCAGUUUAAGCAGUCCUACGCUGAUGGAGAGAGCCAUCCCAGACUUCAGUAGCUGUAACUCAGUGAACGAGUGGCUGGACACCAUAAAGAUGAGCCGCUACAAGGACCACUUUGCAGCAGGGGGGUACCAAACUCUGGGACACGUCAUAAGCAUUAACCAUGGGGACAUCCAGAGGCUCGGGGUGACGCUGAUGGGUCACCAGAAGAAGAUCAUGACCAGCGUGCAGGUGAUGAGGGCGCAGGUCCUCAACAAGAGCGUGCCAUCUGUGCACGUAUAACUCCAACACUGAGGUUUCUCAUCUAGAAACCCAGACUCCUACAAGGACUAGAGGGACUCCGUGGAAUUUUAGGAUGAGCUGUUAAUAAGAGAAGAGGAUACGUGGGAACUUUACAAGACUUUUUCCUUGAGGGGUUGAAGAGCGAAAACAUUUAAACUAUGGAGCAAGUAAACAUGACUUAUUUGGGACAAGUCCGACUUCAUUUUCUUUUUCCUGUCCAGAUUGCAUUUUCUGAUUUUAAAAUGUCUUGUUUAUAAAUGGAAAGACUGCCUUAAUAACCACAAAUUAUUUUAAUUUUAUUGUCAACAAAGAGAAGAUAAUUUAUCAAUCAUGAAUUUUAUUAGAGAGAUAUGAUUUACUGAACCCGGGCAAUAGCAAAAGUACAUGGAGUAAUGUCGUAAAGGGGGGAUGGCGGGUGUUUUCUGACUCGCUGAUCACCUGCAGAUUGAGGCAAAAAGAGGCCCAGAAUGAGUCAGUAAAAGUGGAGAAAGUGAGAUUGUACUCACCCGAGUUGCCAGAUCUUCUUCACAGCGGAGAAGACCUAUUUCACCCCAGGCUAUUAAUACCAACAACAGGCACAUUUCUCCACUGUCUAACCUUGAUGAAUGACCCCAGGAGAGCCCUCCACCCAGGGUGAAGCUGCGUGGCGCACAAUUACUGUACUUGGAAGAUGUGUAUGAUUCAGUUUCAGUGCACUUUAUUCUACAAUGUCUCUGUGUUGAAGAGCCUUCGCAGUUCUGUCAAAAAUCUCAGCCACAACUGCAGCAAUGAUGUUGGUCUGUUGAAGAAAUAGCAGUUUGAAAAUAUUACAUAAAUUAUGAUUAACUACAAAGUAUGAAAACAAAGAGGAAAUAUAGAUAUUUAACAUUUAUUAGGGUAGUAAGUAGAUCGCUCAUGAGAUUUAUUUCCAAACUUUUGUCACUGUGACAGUUGUCGGAAGAGAACAUUUAUUUAAUUGACAUAAAAAAUACUAUUGCCAAUUUCAAAUACUAUGAUAAAUACUGCAUCUGACGCAUUUUCAAUAUAUUGGAGAUUUCUUGUUAAAUCUUUUAUUUCAAAUGUAAUCCAAAUAGAGAGGUGUAUUGAUGACGUUUUAGGACAACCCCGAAGUUAGCAUCACAAGUGCUCUCUCAAUAGGAAGCAAUGAAAUGUUCCUAAUGGAUUCGGUGUGUUGCGGCUAAUCAUGCUAAACUAAAGACAGAUAUGUGUACCUUGGUAGUUUGAUCAAUUAAUCUCAACUAAAGAUUCACUUACUUAGAGUAAACUGUAGGACUUCUUUCCAUAAUGUUACCAAAGAUCUAUGAAAACGAAGCAAAGUUGAGUUUGUUGGUAAAAAAUAGGAGAAAAUCCCAAACAAGUGAACCUUCAGUUUAGAUUAUUUGUUCAAACUAUUUUAGUCAGUCUAGGUGAAAUGCAUCUGAAACGGAGAACAAUAAAUUACUUUCAAAUAUAGUAUAAAAUAUAUUACAAUUUUUACUUCUCAAGACAUGUCAGGCUAUUUGAGCUUCCUUGAUUCCUAUCCCAUACAGAAAUACAUUUUUAAGAAUUUUAACGGCAUUUUUUAAAUGUUUUCGGAGAAUUCCAUAAACUGAAAAUGUAUUAAAUUGAUAAUGAUGAUAGACCAAUUAAUAAGAAUAACAUUUUGCCUAGCUUGUAAGCCAAGAAGCUAAAAGCAAGCUGGUGUUAAUGCUAAGCUAACGGUUUUUACUAACGGCUAAAGAGAUACCAUUUUAUGCGGUUGAACUUCAUUUUUUAAAUGGAUUUGGAGCAUCCCAUAUAUUGAAAAUGUUUUCCAAUGAUGACGAUGGCCCAGUUAACAGGAUUAAUUUACUAGCUAGCCAAGAAGCUAACAGCAAGCUGGUAUUAAUGCUAACGGUAAUUAGAUACGAAAAUACAUUUUUAUGCGGUUUAAUAAGAAAAUGUAAGUGUAUCCAAUAUAUUGAAAAUGUUUUAAAAUGAUGACAAUGGCCCAAUUAACAACAUUAACUUUUUGCCUUGCUAGUUAGUCAAGAUGCUAACAGCAAGCUGGUAUUGAUGCUAAUGAACAACAAGAUGCUAACAGCAAGCUGGACGUAAUCCUAACGAACAACGAGAUGCUAACUCUAGCUAGUUAUUAUGUUGUGUGUAAGAAGGAGUGUGCUAAUUAACAAAGCACAAUAUAUGAUUUGCAAAAUAUAACACAAAGCACCCAAUACAGAUUAAGACUAGACUAAUAAAUAAUAUUAACAUGGAUACAAGUUUCUGAAGACUGCCAAACUCUGCAAAUUGUGUACAGCGUUUAUAUAUCUCAUAACAACAAUGUUAAUCAAUUAGAUUACUUAACUAUUAACACAAUAUACUGUACAUUUGUUUGGCUUUCAACCAAAAUUACACAAUUAUAUAUUAGACUGGAUUGUCCACAUAGCCAAGAUUACGUUUCAACAUCUUCGGAGACAUAAUUAGUUUUAAUUCUCAUGGCAUUUAUGAACAAAAUGUUACAGAGACUUAAUUUGGUGGAUGUUUAUCGAAUCAACGUCAGCACUUAUACUAUUCGGUUUCCCUGGAGUACAGAUCUGAACACAUGUUUGUGUGAAUACUGGGAUUGUAGUACAAAUAAGCUACACAGACUGUAAAAUAAAGUGUUACUUCUGAUUUAAUGUGAUCACGCUGUUUGCCUCAGUGUUGAUGAAAUGGUAAUGAAGUGAACAUGUAAGUAGAAUGUUUUUCUCUAAACGCUGAAGAAAGUACAAAAUCAGCCCUAAGUUACACCCCCCUCCGUGCCAUCAAGAGAAUGUUUUUUUCUCGUGCACAUCGGUAGGUUUUUCCUCUAGAGAAUUGAUGUCAGUUUCUAUUAGAGAAGAACCUCAUGACAUGUGUUUGAAUAUGUAUAAUAGUGGCAUUUCACUACUGGUUUUCCUUUAGGGAGGUUUUUUGUUUUUUUAAGACACUGGACGUGAGCUGAAACUCAUAUUUUAUAAAGUUAGGGUAUGUUUUUGCUAGAUGAAUUGAUUUGUAUGUAUACAGCAAGUUCAGUCACUGGAAGGAAGAAAAAAAGAAGAAAAUAUCAACUGGAUUUAUUCACAUUUCAUUAUUUAUUCAUGCUCAUUUGUUUAUUUUUUAAAUAAUUCAACUCGGAGAGGUUUUAUUACAGUUGAUGAAUCAUCCUUGUUGCUAAUGAUAAACCAUAAAUGUGCAAACUGUCCAUAAAUACACAAUAAAGGAACGUUUGUCUGUGUG